GUUUUAGGAAAAGAAGCAGAGACGGCGUGUUGAGAUGAGUGAGAGAAAGUCGUUCGGUCCUGUGUCAGACACAAGAGUUGAUGCACAACAACCUGAGCGGACAAUCACAGGUGACGCAGACCCAGAAGACGAUGAUGAAAAGUGCAGAUGUGCUACAGAGGAUCCAGAAGGGAUGAAUUCCAUGUGGGAGAGUUUGUCUGUAAAGGACCUGGAGGAGAUUUUGCAUUCAGCACCACCCUCCUGUCACCAUGGAGAUGAAGUAUGGCCAAACCUCUACCUGGGAGACAUGUACAUGUCUCGUGACAAGUUCGGCCUCUGGCAGCUGGGCGUGUCUCACGUCCUGAACGCAGCUCACAGUAAACUGUGCUGUGAUGAUUUUUACGGAACAACAGUGAAAUACUACGGAGUUCCAGCCAAUGACUUGCCCACCUUUGACCUUACCCCUUACUUCGACCCUGCUGCUCAGUUCAUUCACCAGGCUUUGACAUCUGGAGGAAAGGUGUUCGUACACUGUGCUGUGGGUGUGAGUCGCUCAGCUGCUCUGGUGCUUGCCUACCUAAUGAUUCAUCACCAUUUCAGUCUGCUACACGCGAUACGCUGCGUGCAACAGAAACGCUGGAUUUUCCCAAAUAGAGGCUUCCUGCAGCAGCUUAUUAAUCUGGAGCAAAGGCUGCAGGCCAAACGGCCAAUGAGGCCAAAAUAAAGUUAGAAGGAAUCUUAUUGUCCACUCC